AUGCAGAGUGAAAAAAACCGGUGGUUAUUACACGAUGAGAAUAUAAAUCUAAUGCGUCAUGGUACGGGUGAUUAUGAACAAUCGGCAUUCAAUGAUAUUCGUAUUGAUCUUCGAGGUAGUGGUGACGAUGGUCCUAAUAUAAAUACAAAUCAAACAUAUUAUCCUAUUCGAUAUACAAAUGAAAAUGAUCAACGAUCACAAAGUUCUGUACCAAGUCGAAUAUCAAGAUAUGCAGAAUAUCCACAAGUUCGACCAACAAAUCCAUUAUAUUCAAGUCAAUCAACAAUAGGAACACGUGGUUCAAAUCCUCAAAUAGUUGGUGGUGUACCAAGUUCAAAAAGUUCAGCAACAUUAGUUAAUCGUCGUCAAAAAUUUGAUCCACAAGCACCACGUCGUCCAUCAGAUUGGAGAUGGUUAGCAAUAUUAUGUAUUAUUCUAUUUUUUCCACUUGGUUUAUUUGCAUUUGCAUUUGCACGUAAAGCACAAAAUAAAUUUCGUGAUGGUUUUGUUAUGGAUUCUCAUAAACUUAAUAAACGUGCACUUAUACUUUGUAUUUUAUCUAUUAUAUGUGGUAUUGCAUUAAUUAUUGGUUUACUUUUUGAUAAUUCUACAAUGUCAUCAGUUACAAAAACAGUUUAUAAUAUAUUUUUUCGUCGUUCAGCAACUAUUGUAUUAUCAAUUGCUGUUGGUGUAUUUGCUUAUGAACGUUUAAUAAAUAAAACAACAGAUUAUAUAUUUGAACGUCGUAAUCAAGGCAAAUUAUGGAAACAUGUUCAACCACAAUUUCAUUUAAAAACUGAUGAUGAAGAUGAAUAA